UGUAGCAAACGCGUUUGAAUUUUACAAAUAUGUUAUGUGAAGCAUUUUGAAAAAUUCUAUAGAGCUUGUACGUUGUCGUGUUGAAUUAUUAUUACACGAAUGUAAUAGUGUGUGCUAAUUGCUAAACCAUUUUGUGUAUUGCUUUGGAUGUAAUUGAGACUAUGGCUUUCGCAUGAAAUGCAUAGCUGUUGUGAGAAUCGACGAAUAUGAGCACAGCAUCGGGUGUUUCCAAAUCCGAAAAUAAUGAAAGAGCAAAAGCUCAACCAGCUCGUUGUAAGAUAUCUGCUCAACCGAGUGCUUCCACACGAUUGCAAAGAAACCAGGCAGAAAAGCAAAGGCGGGAUAGGUUAAAUGGUUACAUUUCAGAAUUGGCGACACUUGUUCCUAUGAUUGCCAAUGCAUCCAAACCAUUAGACAAAGUCAGCAUUUUAAGAUUAGCAGCAGCGCAGAUGAGGUUGAAUUUCAGUUGUCUGAAUCCGAAACGUUUCAAAAGUAAAUCUAUUGUAUUACCACCUUCUGUUACAGCAUAUUUGGAUGUCAUAGAAAAGACUAUUGGUGGGUUCGUCAUCGUCACUACUUUCUCAGGCGUCAUUGUGUUCUGUUCAAGAUGUGUAGAAGAUUACAUUGGAUAUCAAAAUAUAGAUAUUAUGGGAAAUUCCAUAUACAAUUAUAUUCAUAGUGCUGAUGUUUCUCAUUUCGAGAAAAAGGUGAACUCAGUCAUUAAUAGGAAAAAGAAAAAGCCGUCGAAGAGAAGGACGAAGACUGUCAAAGCGCACAUGCAGCAGCGUCCAUUGCCUCGAUCCGGAGAGGUUAGAUAUCGAAAAAUGGUAUUUAAAAUAUCAGUUCAUAUUAAUGAAGUUCAAGAGAAUGUAAAUACUGAACCUGCCAGCACAACAAAAGGAAAGAAACUGACCCGAACGAAAGACUUCGGAACCACUGCAGUAGUGUUGAUGUUCGUAGAGCCUGCAAAACUGGAACCAGAAAUUGACAUAUCAUACAUAGAAGCACAUCAAGAUGCUUAUUUCACCAUACAUGGACCACAGGCUGAAAUUAUCUACGCUGAUCAAAGAAUCUCAACUAUUGCUGGUUGGAUGCCUCGAGAGGUACAAGGAAUGUCUGCUUAUAAGUUUAUAUGUAGCUCAGACGUACCAGUUGCAAUAUUUGCUCAGAAAGCGAUGUUUACGAGCAGUGAUGGAACAGGAGCUAUAACGUACAGGUUGAGAACUUGUGAUAUGAGAUAUAUUUAUUUACAAACCAGUGGUCAGAUCGCGUUCAAGGAUUCUACAAAUGAGAUCAGUCACUUCGUGUGUUUCAAUAAACUUUUAAACAAUAAAGAAGGUAGUGAAGAACUGAAGAAAUUCCAGCAACGGUUUGCACCGCAAAUUAUUGCUUCAAAAAUGAUGGAUGGAAAAAAGAAAUCACAGGGUCAAAUACCUGAAGGGGAACUAAAUGUUGCUUUGUCUAUUUUAACUGACUCUUUACCAUCAUGCUCCAAAUCAUUAAAAUGUAACCAAACUGCCAAAGGAGCUUCUGCUUUAAGUCAACAGUCAACAACUUUCACUGACAUAACUGAAAAACCGUCAGGUUCACGUAAAAAUUCUUUGGAAUCUGAAAAGUUUGCUGAAAACUUAUUGUCAGUUCGGUCCAAGAAAAAGUUAUCUGUUGAAAGCGUGCUAACUCAGGAAGAAGUUGUUAGAAGUGGUAUACAUAAACGAGUUGAUUCUUCCGCUUCUAGUGUUUAUGAAUCUUGCCAGAAUAAAACAAAUAUGCCAACGAAUAAUAAUUCAUCACCCAUCGUCAAUGCUAUAAAUCUCCAAGAACAGCAAGAGGAUCAGUAUGUACUUAAAUCCGAAGGAUCAGCGAUGUAUAUAAAUUCGUAUGAAUCUGCCCAAAAUGCGAUAUUAAAUAAUAGUUUCCGCUAUACGAAAUCUUCUGUAUCUGUGUCUGAAUGUUCAACAAUGUCGUCCACAACCUCAUAUGAAUCCGCUCAAAAUAUGGUACUAAAUCAAACUUUUAGUGGUAUGUCAGCCGAGUUUGCUACCGUGAAUCAACAGCGUGAAGGUGAGUUUUAUUUUGAUAAUCUAGCUCAUCCUCGUAAGUCUUAUUCUGUUCCCAGAAGAAGGCACUCAGAUGGACCACUUGCAACCGAGUCAAUGAAUUUUGAACUAAACAGUGAGUGCUUGAGAAAUAAUGGAGUUUUUCAGUUUGAUGAUUUUGUCACGCCUCCUCGAGAUCAAAUGACUCAAAUAAAUUUAUCAGAAUAUGUUCCGAAUGUUCAACAUGAAAAAAUGAAUAGUUUUUCAAGAUCCUACUCCUUGCCGUAUCAAACUGGCAGCAGUGAAUCUGUGAUGCAGAACCUCAAGGGGAAUACUGAGAAUUAUGCAAAAUGUAAUGAAGAAGAUUUUCCGAGCAGUAUUGAUCACAAUACUGCUGCUCUGUUAUCUGAUGUACUGUUGACAUCUCAAAAUGGAAUGGUAGCUGAAACAUUGACUGAUAAAAUACCUCAUUAUAAUUUUGGAGGAUGCUUGCCAAAAUUACAGUAUCCUAACAACGCUGCGAGCUUAAAUAAAAUGGCAGCUGCCAAUUAUGGUUGUCUGGAAACUGCAAAUCCGAACAAUGAUAUCACUACACAUCAUGCGAACUUAUAUAAUGGUGCUCUAGCGUCAUCAGAUCUUAUAUUUUAUAGCAAUGAUAUGAAUGUAAGUAUGAAUAAUGGACUGCAUGAGAAUGUUGCAGAUACGUUAAACGAUGUUGAUUAUCAGUGUUUGACUAGUGUAAAUAACCUUCAUCUUAGUGGAACUAGGGUAAGCAACUGUCAUGACAAUGUAAAUAAUAUAAAUUCUCAUCAAAAUGGCUUUAGUGAUGGAAUCAAACAUGAUAGUAGAGUUAUUGCAUUAAACAAAUACGAUGGUAGAAUAAAUGGGUUAAACAAAUACGAUGAUAAAAUUAAUAGGUUGAACAAAGAUACCAGCAUUAAUAGCUUAAGUAGUCAUUACGCAAAUGACAUUCAGAAUCUGAAUUACGAUGAAAUUAAUUCGAAAUACGUGUCGGAAGUCAAUCAUUCGUUGAAUGGGAGAACUUUUGCAGAAGGUUAUACAACGGCAACUAAAAGGAAAAAAACUAAUCUUACAACGGAUUUCUUUGCCUGCAUGGAUGAUGGCAGAUCUAUUCAAAGAUCUGAAGAGCUAGAAAGAGCAGAUGUAUUGGGAAACAUGGAUGGUAGCCUCCAGCUAUUUUCAGAAUAUACUGUUGAUAAAAAAAUGGAGAAUACCGACUGGCCUUCUUCUUAUGCACCAUUACAAACUCAUGCAGAUACUACUAACGCAGAGGCUGAUAUUAAUGGAGAACUGUUCUAUGAACUUGAUUUGUUCUUUAAAACCUUAAGCCAGCCUCCAAACGCACAAAGCCACAGUACUGCUAAUGAUGCAUCUAAUUUGUGUAUCGCGGAUUGCGGGUAUGCACAGUCUUCAUCUCCAGGGGCCAAAAAACAUCUGAAUACUGUUCAACAAUGUACUGAUUUUCUUUCAUCAGUUGAUGAAUGGAAGAAUGGAUUCAAGCAGUGAAAGGCAUUACAUUUUGGGAUUAGAUAUUGUUAUCUAGGUACAGAGUUGCAGAAAAAUGCUGGAAAAUGAGUUCAUGCAACUUCAAGCAUAUCUCUUUGUACUUUAUGUACGUCUGUGGGAGUAUUUAUAAUAUACCGAAUGAAUUCUGCAUAAAAGUGUGGAAGCAGACUCUUUUGAAAUACUUGGUAUUCCAAAAAUGGUGCUAAAGUGUUUGUUGGUACUUCUCAUUAUUUGCACACUCAUAAUACCCAUCAUAAAAGAAAUCGUGCAUUGAAAGUCAUGGGUAUCAUUUAGCAUAAUAAACUGAGUAAUCAAAGGCCAAUUAAUAAUAGGCUUUUUUCCUAGGAAAACAUUGCCAACUUUAAAUUUUAUCCCUCUUUCAUUCCCUUCAGUGCUUUUAUUGUAAAUACUUUUUUUCAUAUUUGUAUUAUUUAUUCAUAUUUGAAUUUCCUGCUGAUUUACUAAAUUCUAAACAUUUAACUAUGUUGUUAAAAAUAAUAAAUAAACUCUCUUCCAAGCGUAGGCGACAUACGCGGUCACUGACAGGGUCGAUUUUAAAAGGGCACCAUUGAAGUUGUUUUCCCGAACCAUAGGGAUAUGCUGCUAAGUGGAGGGCUGAGAAGACGAGCUUGAGGUGCGAUGUAUGAAUGCUGACAAGAGCGUGCUGACGCUAUUUCUUUCCUUAAAGAGGCAAAUGUUUUAGAAGAGAGAAGGAUUUGUGUAAGCUGAAACUGGUAAAACUUACUUCAAACCAUUUUAGUCACUUUGCAGAAAAUAAUGUUGCAUAAGAAUAACAGUGUAAUGACCUCAUCGACGACGGAAUGGUGUUCAUUUGUAAUAGGUUGCAAAUGAUAAAAAUAUUUUACUAGGUUAAAUGGACAUAUAGUUUUUUCCUGGAAAUAUUAGUAUUAGUAUGUUUACUUAUUGCAAAUCAUCAAGUGAUCAUCCCCCUUCAUAAAUUUACCACUGCCUUGGGUUUGCUGAAAAUGUUGGACAUGAAACCCCUAACUUACUUACUAAACAGGAAAUAAAAUCUAAAAACUGAGAGACAGAAUCGUUCGUUAAAAAUAAUUAAAAUGGUGAAAAAGAAAUUCUUUUCAGGCUUCUUGAAGUUAGCCAUUAAUCAAAAGUUUUGAGAAUAACUAUUAUAUGUAAUAAUUAACUUACGUUUCGUAAGAAUCCACUCAUAAGGUCUCACACAAUGUAGUAUCAAAAUGGUGUAGUUGAAUUAACAUAAAUGACUCUGGGGGAAAUUAUAAUUAACACUCUCAUCUUCAAACUAUUUGAAUGUCUAGAUCUAAAUUAUUUCAUUAAAGAUGAGUCGAAAUUUAAUUCCACACCUGAAUAAUUAUAAUGCUUUUAACAUUAUUUUUAAUUAUCACUAAUACAUAAACAUGUAUUGUAUAUGUACAUAAUGUUUCCAUGUGUGUACAACGUUAUGCUAAAUCAUCUUCAGAAAAGAAUAUUAAGUACAAAAAAAAUUAAUUAACUAAAGUAUUAAUUAGUCAUUUUCAUGCUGUUAAGUGUUAUCAUCUCGGAAGUUAUUUGACAGUAAUUCCUUUUUUUAUUUAUUGUAAAGUUUCAUUGUUUAACACAAGCGUUAAAAAUAAUUAAAUCGGAUUAAUUAUUCUAAGAAUCGAAGUACGUUAUAGCGAAAUUUUUCAUGGCAACUACCUAUGGUAAACAACCGUCUCUGAAAGGGACCAGUAUUUCUGAGAGUAUAAUUGAAUAAUUAAAUUUUUGCCUACCGAUUAUUUGUAUUCUGUAAGAUAGCCAUUUCCACAGGAGACCAAGAUCGUCUGCAGGCGCGGGUAAUCGCCUUAUUUAGGCAGGUUUUAACUUCAGCUGUUUCAAUAUUUCUUUUCAUUUUUAGAGAACUAAAGUAAAAUGUAACUGCUGUUUAUUAAAAAAAAAGGUAAAAGAAAUGUUGUGGUACUAUGAGUGUGGCCUUAAAAUUUUCUUUAGAAUGUGAUGUUUCUAAUGUUCCAUCUGAAAUAGUCAUUAUUCAUUUAACAUAGUAAGAAAAUAUAGUCUCUCGUUAGGAUGUAUGAUGUAUGUGAAAUAAAAGUAUAGCUAGUAAACCUAUAUUUUUGUCAAAAUGCUAUCGUUAGCCUAAAGAUCUUAAAGCAAAAAUUAGCUUUUUAGAAAUCUAUUUUACAUGAGUAUUUUAAAGAACGUUAAUAUUCUAAAAUGUUUAUAAUUUCUCAUUUACCCUCAAAUGCAUUAUUUUACCUUCUAAAGCUGCCUGUUAAAUGUAUUAUAUAUUUUAAUACAGACUUACCAUAAACAUCUUGCAUCUAUUUUAUGAAAAAUUUACAGUAAAACUCUCUUUAACGUCCUAAGGAAAUGCUUAAAAAUUUGCAGAUAUAUUUUAUCAUCUUAAACCAUAUUUAGCUUAUAUUUUUUCCUUAAGAAGGGAUAUAGGGUGCUAAAAUAUGUUACUAACUUUCCAUCAUGUGCAAUUUGUGAGACUGUGAACAGAUGUUUAAUGUAGUGAUUGUUGAAUGUAAAGAUGUUUAUGUUUAAUAUCGAAAAUGCAGUAAGUAGUCGUUAGCGUUGCAUACAUUGAGUAGAACGAGGAACUCUAAUAAUAAUUAAUAAAAAACUUAUAUCGAUUUAUAUUUCCUUUUUCGUCCUUGAAAAUUUAAUGAGCUUUUAGUACUGUCUGCAUUUACUAGUUAAUAAAAAGAAAUUGGUUGUGUUGCUUUUUUCCCAUUUCAGCGUACUACUUAAGCGUAUACAUUAACGUUAUCAUCUGAAGUGAUUUUAAUAGAAAAUAUCAGUUAAAGAGGAAUUUUGCAUUUAUUCAAAUUAUUUUGGUAUUUUAAUUAUUGGCUGCCAGAAGUUACGAUUAAAUUUUUAUCAGAAUUACAUUCAAAAUUUAUUGAAACGUAUUUAAAACAAUGUUUUAAGUAAAAUUUGAUGUUUUCAAACUCUAUAAAUACAUACAGAAUUAAAAUUUGAAAGCAUAAAAGAUAAAAGCAAAUGGAAAAUACUAUCUAAGACAUAAUCUAUGAAAUGAUGAGAAAUUUUUGUAAUUAGAAGAUCAGUUAGUUAAAAGUGGAGAAGAUUUACUGUCGGUGUUCGGUAACAGGACGAAACUUGUGUGCUCUGAAUUUCUCUGUGAAAAAAUUUUCUUUGAAUCCUGUAACUAUUUAUUUAAAAAAUAUAUGCAUUUAAAUAAACCGCUGAAAUAAUUCUAGAUCUUUAAAAUUGCAGUUUAAAACCUUUGUAAAAGAAUGCAAAUGCGUCUGAAUGCAUUUCAGAUAUUUUCAUUGUACUGUAGAAAACGGAAGAUAUUUUUGAUAAAUGAUUAUUUAGCUGCAGUCAUGGAUAUGGAAUAGGCAGACCCUACUGUAGGACUUCUUAAAGGUAUUCAUAUUUUCAGCUUUCAACUGUACACACACAGUAUGAACGUUCAGUAAAUAAUAAAUUAAAUUAAGGUUGGAUAUUUUAAUUGACAUCGAAGGAAUAUUUUUGCAUUUAUGUAACUUUAUAAUAAGCGACAAAUAAAAUGCUAGAUAUUAAAAAAUCAAUUAAUCAAAUUUUAUUAUUUAUUGUAGAUCUUAAACCAUUUAAAUCAUACAUUAACCAUCAAAAAGGGGGAAAAAACUUUAACAGUGUAUAUAGCAAUGGACAUUUUGAGCUUCUUAUUAGUACUAGGAAGUCCCAUUAAGUAGUAAAAACAGUCUUUGCUCGCCGUAUUUUUAGUGUGUACAUAUAAAAUCAUGAAAUGCUUGAAUUACAUUAGUAAAGAGAAUUCUUUAUCUAGCCAAUCAUUUAUCAUAUAAAUCAUUAUUUUAUUCUAAAUUGAGAUGUUAAUAAUAGGGAACUAUGUAAUGUUGUGGAGUUUCAAACCUGUUAUACAGCAUGUAUGUUUUAGCAUGAUUUUUAUCUAGUCUGAAAAGUUAAAAAAAUAUGGAAAUUUUUAUCACUUAUACACAUUGUUUUUUGCUGAAAAAACAACAUUGUUUCUAUUGUGAGAUGUCUGUGAUUUUUUAUGUACUUUUUAUGUUAAUGUUUCUUCAUUGAAAGAGCUCUUCAUAUUGAAUAUGUAUAGCAUGGCUCAAAUACAAAUUUGUUUUUCUGAAAAUGUUAAAAUAGUAUAUUAUUAUAUCACUAUUGUGCUUAUGAAAUGUGUGGUAGUUAUGUGAAAAUGGAUAUGGUGUUCAAAUAUAAAUAUUAUUUGUUUCACUUCUCUGGAGUACAAAAGUACUGAUUAUACUAGUACAAAAAUAAUUCUGAUCAUAACAGUAUAAUGAAGUAUAUUUUGUAAUCGGAAUACUAAUGAAUGUAUUGUGAAUUAUGUAUACAUUGAUAUUUAUGUUUUGUUGAAAAUUGGCUGCUUGUUGUAAUGUUAUUUUUCGUUUACUGCCAUCUUUUACCACCUAAAGGUGCUGAAUGAUAAUUAUACUUUUUCAGGACAAUUUUUGACUAGUACAAGUGCGUAACUAUUUCAUAUAUCCAUGACAGCUGACCAUUUAUUUGCUAUUGUCUGAAGGUGCAUAGAAACUUUGAACCUGAAGCAAAAUUAGAACAUUAUUGAACAUUCUGAUCUAUGAGCCUUUUGUAAGCACGUGACGUGAAAAUUUAAGUAGUAGUAAAAUUUGGUGAAUACUUAUAUCGAUCAGUAUAAAGAAUAAUCUUUUACAAUAGUGUCAAUGCAGUAUAAUUGUGAUAUUGAAAUGUAUUGUAUUGUAACUAUUAAGUGGUAAGAUUUGUCUUUAAAGAAUGAAUGUUUUGAACUGAGCCUACCGCUCUUAGAAUGUAUAUUUUGCCAAGGAAAAAGAUACACAUAUUUUGUAAAUUAAAUUUAAUUGUAAGCAAAAUUUUUUGGCAAUAAAAAUGUUAUGAAAAUAACAAAUUUGAAUAAAAUGUUGUCAAAACAUUCGCGCGUAUAUAACAUAUGAAAAUACCUAAGCCAAGUGCAAAGUUGUGUCCUGGACACCAGGUAUUACAAAUGUCUCUUUCUAGCCAUUUUUGGUAGUAAAGAAGCAAACUAUACAUUUUUCUUGAUCGUUUUAUUCGCGGAACUUAGUAAGGAAAGAAUACUUGGGAAGUAAUAUCACUUAGACUUCACUAGUCCACGUAAAUGAAUCAUUCACAUGUUCAUUAAAUCUUAUUAGUACACGAAACUAAAAUUGUAUUCUUCAUUUGUCAAGUCAGUUAAGCUGUUUGUAUUUACGAUUACGAGGAGGUUUUAUGAUAGGCAAGAGGAAAGUAACUAAUAUUAUCAUAAACUCUGAAUGCGCGGUCCUAAAAAUAAUUCAUAAGUCAGUUUUUUUUUAAAUUAACUCUCAGCUUAGCCCAUAUACUCGCCAUUUUACGCUAUACAAAUCACAUUACAUUUUCUAGUAUAUAUACAAGGAAGAAAUUAAAUAAAACAAAAGUGCAGUAUCAUAUUCAUGACGUCUGUCAACUUCAGUCCCAGAUGAAAUGUUAACCCUCUAACCGGCAUGGACGUAUAUAUACGGCUUAGAAUAUAUAUUUCUGUGAUAUCUGUAAGAACGUAUAUAUAUACUUGCAUAUUAAAAUAUGUCAAAGAAAUUACGGCAUUAUAUUAAAAGUACACAAAUCCAGGUAUAAAAUACCAGGAGAAUUUUUACAUUAAAAUCAAAAAAAUAAUUUUUUCUCAUAGUAGUUUUGGGAAAUUUGUGCUUUCGUGAAGUAUAAUAAAUUGAAGGAAAACAAAACGCGAAAUAUAGUGUUAUACAACACUUGGUUUUUUUUUCAUUCAGGAAAAUUCAAGAAAAUUCUGCCGAAAUAGGACGCUUUGUUUAUUAAAAUAGAUUUUAAACGAUCUGGUUUUCUGGAUAUAAUCCAGAAUUUUUAUUCAUAAAAUAAAAAUUAAGGGAACAUAAUCAGCGGUUUCCGAAUGUUUGCUGACUAUAUAUAGUAUCCAUUUAGAUUUCUAGAGAAUAUUAAUUGUAAAAUCUUUUCAGGUUCUUAGUAAAAAUGCACCUUUGGAGAGACUCACAUGUGAAAUAAUUGGUUUGUAACCUUUAAAAAGUACAUAAGAACUCUGAAUUCUUUGAUUUUAAAUAAAUAUAUAUAUAUAUAUAUACAUAUGUAUGUUUCUGAAAUGCA